CAGGCAGAAUGAAGGCUUGUAAAACUAGGUGGAUGCAAGAUGGUACUACAUGAGGGAUCCACAAAGGGAAAUAUUGGCCACCCUGCUGCUCCUGCGGCUGCCAUUCUCACACACAGCAAAAGGCCUGAUGUGAUCUCAGACAGGCUCUGCCCCCAACAAAAUAAACCAGCAGUGGAUGCAUUUGGAAGAGAAAGAACCGACUGUCUGCGCUCAUUCAGUGUGAUGGAUGGAAUUAAAGGCUCAUUGGAUUGGAUAAUCGUAACUCUCCAAUAGUCCUAAGGCGCACUGGCAACUGGAAUAUUGCACCUUGGAGAUACUUCAGUUUGAUCAGUUUGACGGCAUUUAAAGACAAGAUAAAUUCUUCUUCAGUCAGCAGCAGUAUCACCCCGUCAUGGAGAGGUCCCUUCCUUUCCCAGGCUGGGUUAGAGCAGCGGGCUUGUUCCUGUGUUUGACCCAGACGGUCCUGGCCAUGGUCCUCAGCAACUCCACAAAACUCGAGUCCAUCCUGGACAAGUACUCAGACAAGGAUGAGGAGUGGUGGGGGGCCAGGUCUAGAGGGAAGAGGGCCAUCAGCGAGGGAGACAUGCACCUCAUCCUGGACUUGCACAACAAGCUGCGGGGUCAGGUCCACCCUCCUGCCUCCAACAUGGAGUACAUGGUAUGGGAUUACGAGUUAGAGAGGAGUGCAGAGCACUGGGCAUAUUCCUGCCGAUGGGAACAUGGACCGAGCCACAUGUUGACGCAGAUAGGCCAAAACCUUGGCGCGCACUGGGGCAGGGACCGGCCCCCUACCUACCAUGUCCAGGCCUGGUAUGAUGAGGUGAGGUACUACAGCUAUCCAUACUCCCAGGAGUGUAACCCUCACUGCCCAUUCAGAUGUUCAGGACCUGUUUGUACUCACUACACUCAGUUGGUUUGGGCAACCAGCAAUCGUAUCGGCUGUGCCAUCAACGUGUGUUACAACAUGAACGUGUGGGGCAUGAUCUGGGCUAAAGCUGUCUAUCUGGUCUGCAACUACUCUCCACCGGGUAACUGGUGGGGUCAUGCUCCAUACAAAUAUGGAGCUCCCUGUUCUGCCUGUCCAGCUAGCUACGGUGGAGGCUGCAGGGACAAUCUCUGCUACAAAGAUGGGGGUGUUGACAGGCAUCGAGCUCCUGAGCUUGAGGAGACUAACUACAUUGAACCCGAACCGGAACCAGUAAGGGACAGGGAGCCCCAGCCCAGGGCCCAGACACCAAAUCCCUCACCCAAUGACAACCUGGAGAGGAACCGGGUCGUCAGCACAGACCAGAUGUGCCAACAGGUCGACUGUGAGACUAAGCUGAGAGACCGAUGCAAGGGAACAACCUGUAACAGAUAUGAGUGUCCACCUGGCUGUCUUGACAGUCCUGGAAAAGUAGUUGGGACUGGAUAUUAUGACAUGCAAUCCAGUGUGUGUGGAGCUGCAUUACACUCUGGUGUCAUCGACAAUGAUGGAGGAUGGCUUGAUGUGACCAGACUGGGCAGAAAACAACAAUUCACUAAGUCAUACAAGAAUGGUAUUCAGUCACUUGGGAAAAACAGGAGUGCAAAUUCUUACAAAGUAGAGUCAGUGCCUGUUAAAGCAGUAAGAUGUGAUACCACCGUUGCACUUUUCUGCCCUUUCAAGAAACCUGUUCGACACUGUCCCAGGUUAUACUGUCCCAGGAACUGCCUACAUGACAGUCAAACCCGAGUCAUUGGGACAAACUACUACGCUGAUAAAUCUAGUAUCUGCCGAGCAGCUAUUCAUGCUGGAGUGAUCCAGAAUGAGUCAGGAGGGUACCUCGAUGUGAUGCCUGUGGACAAAAGGAACCAGUACAGUGGCAGCUACCAGAAUGGCAUCACCUCAGAGAGCCUACUGAACCCAACAAGUGGAAAAGCCUUCAGAGUGUUUGCAGUUAUCUGAAAAACCCCUCUCAAAGGACCAUCAAACAUGGCCACUUCACAUCCAGCAAACCCUCUCACUGUCAGCUUAUAACCUGUAAUUACAUUAAUUCCUACAGUACAUAUUUUAACUUUACAGCCUCUUGUACUAAAAGUGCAACAUGACUUAACUGCUGGGAUCCCCUCAAAGUGUGGUCAGAAGUUAAUCAGUGUCCAUAAACAACUGAGCGAACUAUGUUUGGUCGAUGAAGAUAGUGGAUUUCUCUUGCCUUACGUCUUCUCUAAAUUUCUAGAGUUGACCGUAAUAAUCACAUUGGGCUGCCAUGCAUCAUUUGCUGACAUGACAUUAUGUUUUUCAGUAAUUAAAGUUGAAUAUACACCACAAAAUUAAGCAGCACUCCAAAUGUCUCCCACAAUUUUAGACCUUGAAAAUUAAGAUAUGACAUCAGUGUCUUUCCCGAAGCUUUAUGCAUCAGCUCUAUUCAGAGUUACACCUGGUAAGUAACGGAGCAGACAGAUACAGAGUCCAAAAAUAUUGUGUCUUUUGUGGGAACAAGAUUAUCCUGUCGCUUUUUAGUCCAACCAUUUGUGCUGAAAUACAUUCCCUGGGCAUUUGUUGCCCAUCACACUUGCCAAAAUGUUACAUUGGAUAUUCUGUGGAGGACCAAACUAGACAUCAAAAUUAUGAAGUAACGUUACAAAAACCUUGAUAACAUUUAUUGAAAAACUUUAAGACAGAAUUAAAUAAAUAAAUAGUAAGAGUUGUGGAUAAGGAUACUUUUCUAAACUGAUACACUGUUGACAAAACUGCAAAUAAAGUAGAUUAUGACACUUUAUGAUAUGAAUUUAAACAGAAAAUUAAUUAAGACACUACAAACUCAAAUUCUUUUUGGACUGAAUAGGUCCUACCUUUGGGUCCAGUAUCCAAUUCUAAACAUUACAUCCAUGAUGCCUUCUAAGCUUAUUCUAUUUAAAUAAAAUGACCCAAAACCUUGAAAAUACAUUUAUGGAAUUAGAUCUAGGAGUGCUAACAGAGAACUUGUAAACAAACUGGUAGUCCACCAUUGUUGUUUGAGGCUCAUGAUCAUCAUUAGACAAAAAAAAAAAAAAAAAUGGGCACGCACAAAUGGAGGUCAUCACUUCAUAGUUUCCCAAAUGCUUUUUUUUUUACAUGUCCAUGUGGAUCCUCAUAAACGACAGUUGAGGAAUCUAAAAUGUGUUUAAAAAUGAUCUGUUUUAGUGACAUAAAAGCCCUUUUGCAUGAUCUUUAGAUAAAUAUGCCUGUGGCCUUAGAUUCUGGUCCUGAUGAUUUUAGUAGUAGUAUUUUUGGUAUUCCAUAUUAUGCAUGCAAUUUUUUUUUUUACAUCUUUACUUACUCUUACAUCUGAUUUGGCCCUCCAUAAGAUAUUUCUUUGAAUAACAAUGGCAGUAUAGCAGCAAUGCAGCCAAUACAGACUGUAUAUUUUUGUACAUAAUGUUGUAAAUAAUGCUGAACACUAUGCCAAGAUAUGCUUGCUACUGUUGCCUUUUUCAUUUACAUUUCAGACACCUUGCCAGCCAUAUGAAGUCAAACACGCAAUAAGCAGUAGACGCUCAACAGAUUCUGUGUGCAAAACUUAUAUUUGUCAUUCAAGCUUAGUUUUUUAUAAAAGGACAAAUUUUGCAAUAUUAGUAUAUUCAUAUGUUUGUAAAUAUCAUGUAUGUAACAUAUUGUAUUAUUUUAUGCUGUAUUUCCCAGCUUUUGUUAAUAGAUUUAUAUAAAUGGACCCUGGCUGGCCAGGAAUGUGCAUGGCAAACUUAUAAUUAAAAUACUUGGAGAUAAAACAUAAAACUGUUUGUGUCAUUUCUCAUUGUAUUGCAUUUAACAUUACAUUUACAUUUACAUUUAGGGCGUUUAGCAGAUGCUUUAGUCCAAAGUAACUCACAGUAAGUACAUUUGUCACCGGAAAAAAAGUCACCCCAUAUCACUAUCGAUAAAGUAAAAAAGACAAAAUAGAAACAACAGUAAAAAAUAGAAACAAUUAUCAAAGAAUCACUGUUAUAAAAUCAAUAAAUUAUCUUCUCUUGUUCAGGAUUAUGCUCUGAUGAGAUACUAAACUGAAGUUCCAGGCAUGAAUCUGCUCCUUGGUUCAUCACACUUGUUGACAUAUGGUUGAGUGCCCACACUAUUUUAAUAUCGGUCCCUGCAAGCAUCCAGAUAGCCUGAGAAAUGUUUGCGUUAACAUUUUAACACAUCUCACAGCCAGCUGUGGAUCAAACUCUUUCUAGAAAGCUGUGGGUGCUUCCAGGAACUGUGGGGAAGGCAGAGGGAGAGAAAAAUGCUUGUUUCAGGUCCAGGAAGGAGAGCUUAUCCACCAGUUGGCUUCACAUGUUUCAAGUCAGGGACAAAAUAGUUGUCAGUCCAGGCAAAACAGUAGAUGUCAUUACAGUGUACCAACUAAA